UGUAGAUAUAUAUAUAGUUUCUGCGAUAUGUGUGAUCUUCGAGAGAAUGCGAAGUUGUUAUUAAAAUUGUAAACGAUCGACAAAGUCGACGGCAAGUCUUAUAACCUCUCCACAUUUUUCAAUAACAUAAAAAAAAAAAAGGAAAAUACUUUGAAUCUUUGAACGCUCAUCACAAAAUGCAGAAUUACUUGUCGACGCGAUAUCGUCGAGUUUACGAUAAAAUUAAAGAAGCUCGAAGUAUGAAUUUCAAAGGAAAAUUGCCUAAAAGUAUAAUGGACGUCAAGAUGAUUUUAAACGGUUUAUCUUCGUCAACGAACGUUGGUAAAGAUGUUGUUAAAUUUCCGUACGAAUUGACAUCGAAGAUCGUUCAAUUUCCUUAUGUACAUUAUUGGCGAAAAUAUUGGCUCGUUAAGUGUAGUACCAUCACGAUGUUUAUCUUGAUGCCUGCAUUUUACAAUCUUUAUAAGUUCAAAAAGUCUGAGAAUUCAAACUGGCCGUAUAAAAAAGAUGUCAAUGAAUUACGUGAGCUGAGAAAGGAAGUCGAAGCAAAACCAAAGAUUUAGAAUAACAAAUUAUAAAUUUAAGAAGAAUAAAGAAAAAAAGAAAAUAUCUUAUUCGACCGAGUUUCAAGCGAAAUAUUGACGUAUAAAUUCAAUGAUAUUUCUGUAUACUUUCGAAACCUUGAAAGUUUCGAGACAAUGAUAUUAGAGGUCAACAUUUCAAGGUGAAAACAUGAGAAACAGAAAUAUUAGACUGAACGUUUAAUUAUAAGAAUAUGUGUAUAUAAUACAAUUUCGAAAACGUAACUUUCUCGAUCCAGAGGAACAACUUUUUGAUAUAGAGAAAAAUCUUUCGUUCGCGACAAAAUAUUUUGUAUAAACUUUUCGUGGUAAUUAAAUGUAGAAAAAAAAAAGAAAAAAAAAAAUAAGAAAGAAAGAAAGAAAGAAAGAAAGAAAAAUAGAAAGAAAGAAAAAAAAAGUGUAAUUUUCUUACCAUCGGA